AUGUCGAAGCACAGUUUGGAUGAGGAUCUGAAGCCGAACUCGGUUUUCGUGGAGGAUGCCGAGCUGCAGGCCCCCCACUUAGGGGAUUAUAGUCAGAAUAUCAAUGCAAGGAUCUACAAUCCACUUUCAGGCAUUUCGAAGAAUGAUCUUUAUGACCGCGUACUUCGAUUCUGCCAGGAGUAUGGAUUUGAAGAUCACAUUGAGACAUUCCAGAAAGGCGCUCUUGUAGCACAACGUCCAAAGGACUUUGAGGAGCUUCCGGAGUUGGUAGAAGAGGAUAAGUAUCAUCUACGACGAGAACAUACACACAAAUGGCAUCUGCCUAGAGCCUUAUACUUUAGUAUUGGUUUAUGUUCUCUCGGUUCUGCUAUCCAGGGAUGGGACAAUACGGGAGCAAAUGGCGCCAAUCUUUCUUUCCCGAAGGAAUUUGGAAUCGAGGACAAUACUUGGCUAGUGGGUGUCAUCAAUGCAGGGCCGACACUCUUUGGAUUACUUAGUGCCUGGGCCGCAGACCCUCUGAAUAAUAUGCUAGGAAGGCGAGGUGUUAUCUUUUUGACUGGAAUAUUCUGCGUCUUCCCAGUUCUAGCACAGGCAUUUACCCAUAAUUGGUGGAGCUUGCUGAUUUGCCGCCUCUUCAUGGGACUAGGGAUGGGUAUCAAAAUCUCAACGAUUCCGGUCUUCAGUGCAGAAAUUGCCCCCGCAUCAAUUCGCGGCGGCUUGGUCACCAGUUUCCAGUUAUGGGUGGCAUUUGGUAUCUUUAUUGGUUUCUGUUCGAACUUGAUAUUCUUCCAGAUUGGCGACCUCGCUUGGCGUUUUCAAUUGGGUGCUGCUUUUGUUCCAGCUGUACCUGUCUUAUUCUUGGUCUGGUUCUGUCCUGAAUCCCCAAGAUGGCUUAUGAAAAAGCGCCGCUAUCAAGAUGCCUUCAAAUCAUUCUGUCGGCUACGCAACACAGAGCUCAUUGCUGCAAGAGAACUGUACUAUGCACAUUGCCAGGUGAUGACUGAGCGAGAUGCAUUUGCAGGAAUAUCACUUUCAAGGCGAGUAUGGGAACUAUUCGCAGUUCCUCGCCUCCGACGGGCAGUGAUAUCGAGUUCUUUGAUUGUUAUCGCGCAGCAAUUCUCCGGAAUUAAUGCGAUGGCAUUCUAUUCUAGUACAAUAUUUGCAGAAGCCGGAUAUUCACCACGAGAUUGUCUGCUCGCCUCUCUCGGCUUUGGAUUGACGAUGUUCAUCUUUGCCAUACCUGCCGUCUACACCAUGGACACAUUUGGUCGUCGCAACCUAUUGCUCUUUACGUUCCCCAAUAUGGCAUGGUGUCUCCUAGCGGCAGGAUGCUGUUUCUUGCUCCCAGACGGAUCCAACGCUCGUGUGCCUCUGAUUGCAUUCUUCAUCUAUCUUUUCGGUGCUUUCUAUGGCCCUGGAAUCGGACCUAUUCCGUCCAUUUAUUUCAGUGAAGCUUUCCCGCUAUCUCAUCGUGAAUUAGGCGCAGCUUUCACUAUCUGUGUGAACAAUAUUGUUGGAAGCGUGUUAAGUCUCUCCUUCCCAUCAAUUUUGGCAACAAUGACAGCAACCGGAGGUAUGUACUGCUCUUUCAAUCAGCGGAAAUGCAACGUAACUGACAAGUAUGCUCUUGUAGCGUUCGGAUUCUAUGCUGCGCUGAAUAUGCUCGCGUUUCUUCUGAUCUUCUUCAUAGUGCCAGAAACGAUGCAACGCACCCUUGAAGAGCUCGACUAUACUUUUGGUGUGCCUAUUCACAGACAUGCUCGCUAUCAGAUAGGAACAUGGUUGCCUUGGUUCGUGAAACGAUAUUUCUUCUUCCAACGAUCUGCGAAAUUGGAGCCGCUAUAUAAGUUGGAGGGACUUUAA